AUGUUCAAAGGGAAUGAUGUUUCUCAAGGCUGUUUCUCUUUCUGCGAUGAGCUCAUGAAGCAGGGCGACGACGACAGUGACUAUUCGGUUAAGCGCUACUCGACGGGAUCGGCGAUUGCAGGCGCCUCCAGUCCUAAGAGCACCAAACGCAAGAAGACGUCGAUUCCUCGGGGUCAGAUCAUCUUUCGGCCGUUUAAUAUGAAACGCAUGGAGCCAGUCAGCAUACUGUUCGCGGACAUUGUGGGAUUCACCAAGAUGAGCGCCAACAAGUCGGCGCAUGCCCUGGUGGGACUCCUCAAUGACUUAUUUGGACGCUUCGAUCGCCUGUGCGAGCUCGCGUGUUGCGAGAAGAUCAGCACGCUGGGAGACUGUUACUAUUGCGUGGCUGGUUGUCCCGAACCACGAGAGGACCACGCCUACUGUUGCAUAGAGAUGGGGCUUGGGAUGAUCCAGGCCAUUGAGCAGUUCUGUCAAGAAAAAAAGGAGAUGGUGAACAUGCGUGUUGGCGUCCACACGGGCACCGUGCUUUGCGGGAUCCUCGGCAUGAAGCGGUUUAAAUUCGACGUCUGGUCCAAUGAUGUCAACCUAGCCAAUCUCAUGGAGCAGUUGGGUGUCGCCGGGAAGGUUCACCUUUCGGAGGCCACGGACAAGUUCUUGGAUGACCGGUACUUGCGAGAAGAUGGCCGAGUCCCAGAAAGGAUUGGACCAAGUGUGGUUGCAGAUCAGCUUAAAGGUCUUAAGACGUAUCUGAUAUCCGGCAGGAAGGUGAAGCACGCCCAGUGGAGCUGCCCUCCAUCUGCUGUGGUGGCUCCUGAGCUCAGAAAGUCUCUGAGCACCUCGUCCUUCAGCCACAGCCCUGACGUCACAUCCUCCGCCUGCGCUCUGACCCCUGCCCCGGACAGAGCUAAGUCUGCCCAUCCCUCGUGUGGCGCGUUAGCUUCUGAGGACGGGGCGGUUCACAGCAACAGCUGCUCAGAUCCUGAUCACAAAACCAUCAACAGCAAGGGGCCGCCUGGCAGGAGUCCCAAGACUCUUAAUGGCCUGUUAAGCCCUCAUCUGGAGCAGCCACUGACCCACAGCCAGACCUCUCUGUGUGAGAUGCUGCAGGAGAAGGAGAAGAAGUGGCCCGGAGGAGGAGGAGGCAUCAGCAGCAUGGGAACCAUGGACCACUCCGCCCUCAUCCCACUGCGCUCCAAAAAUUUCCGCGAGAGGAGCGAUGCUCACUUCGUAGACGUGAUAAAGGAGGACAGAAGAGCCUUUUACCUGGACAGCGUUCUGAACUGCACCAGGACCCUCCUCUGGGCCAUUUCCGGCUGGGUUCCCCGUCACAUGAUCGGAGCAGUGCUGGUGUCUUUACCUGCCGUGGCUGUGUUUUCUCAUAUCACCUGCAAUAUGCAUGACUCCAUACAGUUCACCAUGUUCACCUGCUGUGCUGUCAUAAUUGCCAUCAUCCAGUACAGCAAUUUCUGCCAGCUCAGUUUCUGGAUGCGUUCAAGCCUGGCGACGCUAGCGGGACUCACCUUUCUCAGUGUGCUCUGGAGCCCCCCUUGCAGCACGUGGGGACGUUUAUUUUUGAGAUCCAGUGACUUCAACAGCAGCUUUAAUGACGUCCAGUCCCCUGCUGAAGAUUCAAUCCGACCGCAGGACCUGCUCGGCCCGGAAGCUUUGGUUGCCUUUUUCCUGUUGCUCCUCCUCGUUUGGUUCCUCAACCGUGAGUUCGAGGUGAGCUACCGUCUACACUACCACGGCAACGUGGAAGCAGACCAGCACCGCAUAAAGAUCCAGAACAUGCGGGACCAGGCCGACUGGCUCCUGCGCAACAUCAUCCCGAUCCACGUGGCCGAGCAGCUGAAGGUGACCCAGAGCUACUCGAAGAACCACGACAACGUGGGCGUCAUCUUUGCCAGCAUCGUCAACUUCAGCGAGUUCUACGAAGAGAGCUACGAAGGCGGGAAGGAGUGCUACCGCGUCCUGAACGAACUCAUCGGGGACUUCGACGAACUCUUGCGCAAAUCCGACUUUUCCAAUAUCGAGAAGAUCAAGACGAUUGGCGCCACCUACAUGGCGGCGUCGGGGCUCAAUACGCAACAGUGUAGCGAUCAAGCCCAUCCGCACGCUCACCUGCGAGCGCUUUUCGAAUUUUCUUUGGAAAUGAUGCGCGUUGUGGACGAUUUUAAUAAAAACAUGCUUGGCUUUAAAUUCAAGUUGCGAAUCGGGUUCAACCACGGACCUCUUACCGCUGGAGUCAUCGGCACCACCAAGCUACUCUACGACAUCUGGGGCGACACGGUGAACAUCGCCAGCCGAAUGGACACAACUGGCGUGGAGUGUCGUGUUCAGGUUAGCGAGGAGAGCUACUGCGUGCUCAGUGGAAUGGACUACGAGUUCGACUACCGCGGUACCGUCAACGUGAAGGGCAAGGGUCAAAUGAAGACCUACCUUUACCCGAAGAGCUCAGACAGCGGACAUGUACCUCAAUACCAGCUCUCGGUCUCUCCGGAAAUCCGAGCGCAGGUGGAUGGCAGCAUCGGACGCUCGCCCACCGAUGAGAUCGCCAAUAUGGUCCCAGCGGCCAAUGCUAGUAGAGUAGGCCCGUCAUUCUCUGUGAGCUCAGGACUUACCGGACAGGGAUUCGCUGGUAGAGACUUUCCCCAGAAGGCUGGAAGCAAUGGUACCUCCAAGACUCAACGAUCUGCGUCUGUUGUUGGCCUGACUUGCAUACCAGAAACCAGCUUGAGAGCGAGUCCAGCGGUUUUCGGAAAACCACCGGACCAGACUUUGACCUCUCCUCCUGUCCGAGCAGAAAACACAGAAGCUGUUGCAAAAAUGGAGGGAGAAAUAGCGUAUAUGGGCGAAAUGACAAAACUUUGACUUGAAACAAGCCAACAUUGUUGUCUCUGUUGAAUUUAACCCUUUAAACACAGGCUCUCCGUUGAGUUUGUAGGGAUUGGCAUGUUUAGGGAUGUAUGCUAGCGUAGAUUUACAUCCGUGUAAGGGGAAAGUUUAAGCACACCACCUUGAAGUGUUUAUAGCGCUAGCUGGACCAGGAGAUACUUUCAUAUCUGGAUGGCGGUGCUGAACCGUUAAAACUCAGAGGAGCCACAGGAAUAAUUUCUACAUGGGAUAAGAAAUGCUGAGGAGAUGCAUUGGGACGGCACAGACCUGAAGUCCUAUCCUUAAGUAGACAGCAGUUAUUCCUGCUAAUUUAAUUUCGAAUAUUAUUUCCCUCUAGCUCUUACUACUGUCUGCCUUUCGUGAAUGGUUUUAAUGAAGUGCCUUUAGGAUGAUAUCAAUAUGUGUGAGGCAUUUUUAAAAAAGGAUUCUCAAUCAAAUCUUUAGAAGAUCUUAAGGAUUUAGCAUGUCAAUUUGAUGUUAGAAAGCGCUGUAAUUUUUGUGAAAGUAUUUGAUAUAUUUUGGAAUAUUUGUAGAUAUUUUUGAGUUCUCUCUGUUGGAGAUUCAUCAAUCAGUAUUCAACACAAUUUUACGAAGCCAAACUCUAUAUUGCGAUGAUUGCCGUUUUAAAAAAGACCCAAGAUAAAACCAUCACGUUGAAUGGUGCAUGGCCUAAAGUGUCUGAAGAAGUAUUAACGAAAUGUAGAGCAAGCUAUGGGCUAAAAUCAUCUACAAUCAACAAUAUCAAACAUUUCUACAGUGUUUUAUAUUGAUGCAUGUAUUCCUAACUGUCAUGGCCUUUCUGUCUUUUUGCCGUGAUUUUUCCUGUUGCUCUGCACUUUGCAGCUAAAUGCUUGAUUGGCUGACUAACACCUGAAUUUCGGAUGAGAUCUAACAGUGAGUUCUAAUACGACGUGGCAACUUGGCCUUAAUUCUAAUGAGAUUGUAGUCUUAAAUGACAAAAAUGCAUUCAUGAAUUAGCUACUGUGACUUUCAGACUUUACAUAAAAUAUAAAAAUGGGCAGUUGGUUUUAAGAUAUAGGCAUAGCUUGUUUACGAGUCAACAUAAAAUCAACAUUUGCUCUUCUAAAAAAACAUUCCUAGUCUUAUUCUUGGGCGGGUUGCAUAAACUGCCUAGACUAGUCUUAAAAAGAGUUAGUCAUCUAAUUUCUUUUCUUCAAGACUGGUCAUAACUUUUUAAAGUCAGUUACAAAAAGGUAGACUGGUCUAAUGUGAAUCCAAAAAAUAAGACCGAUUACCCCUUGGCUCACUGCUAGUUGGUCAAACUAGUUUGUAAGACACAGUCUUAACAUAGUGUCUAUGUUUAUGCAACUGGCCUCUUCUGGACGAUUCAUCAGUGCACUUUGUCGAAAAAAGCAAAAAUGUUUGUCUUUGUAAUCUUUCGUCAAAAUUUAAACUUGCUCCGCCUUUGAAACGACUUUUCUUUUCAGUUGACGUCACCUAGGAUGCGCGGGCAUGGAAAAUAAUAAUAAUCAGUAGCUAAACAACAUUGUUUUAGGCUACUGUUGUAGGUAGUGCAGCAAUUUAAUAUUAAACUGAUUACGGCAAUAAUAGCAAAUAAUGAUAGAUUUGAAAACAACGCUUUAAAAUUGGAAGUACUCUGGUCAAAAAUAUUUAAAUAUUGGGGAAAAAUGCUGGAAUCGUCUACGUCCACCAUCUAAUCAAUUACUGAUGGAUCAAAUUAAAUCAUAUCCUCAUGCAAUAUAAUGUUUCACGUAGAGUUACGUCAAAUGAGAGUAUGAGUGUGCCGUUUCAUAUGGGCUUUGAUUUGAAUUAUCGUGCACUGGCAUCUUGAGCGGUAAAAGUUAGUUCAAUUAGUUCAAAUGUGAAAAAAGAAACUUUAACUGUACUCAAAUCUAAAGAGACCAGAAAUUAUGUUGCCAAUUAAGUCACCAUAUAGUGGCAUAACAGUAUAAUCUAGGUAACAUAUAUUUAGCCAGCCAGUCAUAUGUACAUACUCAUGUGAAUAUUAGAAUAGAUUAGACCAUAGCCUUGACUCUGCCUGCUUGUCUUUUGAUGUGCAAUAGUAAAGGGUAAAUUAUCGUAUGGGAUAUUAGCAAAAGGAAGUAGAUUUUAAUCUUUUUAACAUUGAGCUUUGUGAGUAACUUAAUCUGCACUGACACUGCAUACAUUAUAUGUCUCAUGAUUUAAGAAUUGAUGUUUUUACCUUUGGAUAGCAGUUUGAUGUCUUUGCUUUUUUCCUUGCAUUUUGGCUUUAUAAAGGGUGACCUAUAUUAGUUUAAAAGGGUUGUGUGCUCAACAAUUUUCUGUUGAUUUGUCAUGCUUCACAUUCAGUGGUGAUAUUUAUAGGAAUAUGAGAAAAUGUGAAAUGUAUAACUUUUCUUGACAUUGCUGUGAAUUUGCAGUUUGCCAAGAACCUAUACAUUUAAACGGGAAUUGUUAUAAAAAGCGAUUGAUUUGCCAGUAUUUCGCAUUGUGUAUAUAUUAGUGCCUUUUACUCAUUUAAAAUGCAUUGACCAGUCAGAUGACGUCAUCCUGAUUAUCUGUUCAUUAUCAUACACUAAAUGCUUUUGUAUGAUAAAUGUCUUCAGAUUUAACGUGAUCUUUAGCGCUGUGCCUUUUCUUAACAAUUAGCUUGACGUGUCCAUUUUCACUGUAUAUUCCUUUUGAAUGUGAACUGCUCUUCAUUUGUAAAUGUACAGGAUGAAUAUUGUAAUUUUACUCCAAGGUGCCAUUCUAAUAUGUCAUUUUAUUCUGUGCUGAUUUUGAUACUGUUCAGUUGAUGUGUUUUUGGUGACGCCAAGCAUAUAGCAAUCCAUGCAUUUAUAAUAUAUUUUAUAGGGCACAACUUUUGCUAAAUAAUAAAAGUGCCCUUGCUGUCUGGAGGGGGAAUGAGCACACAACCCUUAUGGGCUCUGUUUCAGAGUAGUAGAGCAAUAUAAAACUUGAUCCAACUAAAUAAGUAUUACGCUUCAGCUUCUGAACUGCUGCUUGAACUUAGCUUGACGAAGCACAUUUGUGUUUUUUAUCAGUUAUUUUGAUGGAAAUGUGCUCCUUAUGAACUUUCCAUUCCAUUCUGUUUGAGACUUUAUUGUGAGGAAAGCAAAAAACACAUUUAGGGUGAAUGAAAGAACUGAACUAAUGUACGAUAACAGAAGAGCCACAUUUGAUUUUAUUUUAUUUACAAUCACUUGAGUUGGCCCGAUUGAUGAUUCCAAGCAAUUUGACGUAGGAAAUGUGUGCAUGUAAAAUUUGACACGCAAAUGUGUGUGUCAACAAAAAUAUCACACACUGGGACUUCUUGCUAAAGAGUAUAUUUAUUCAAGAAUGUAUGAUUUUGAGUUUCUCUGUUUCUUUGGAGAUACCUUCAUUUAUAAACUCAAUCUGUAUUCAUUUGUAUAAAGUUUUUUUUCUCCUAUGUUUAUACUUUUGCAUUGCUCUGUGUGUUGACACAUAAUUUUUAUAUCCGUGCAUGUGCCAUACUGUUACAUCAAAGCUAAUGGAUGAAAAGGGAAAGCCAAUAAUACAGUUUUAAAGUCUGCGUUCUGUCUGUUGACUUGUAAUGUAUCUAGCCUACCUUAAAAUUUGACAUUACCAGUAUCCUGCACACACUACCACAUAAAUCUAAUUUUG